CUAACCUGAAAACAUACAAGUACGUUUUCCUGAUGUGGUGAUUAGUAAUGAUUCUGUGCUCUUUUUCAACAUAAAUCUGCAAUAACGCAUUUCAGACGCAAAAACAAAAACAUGGAGGAGGAUUUUGAAGCCAUGUUUGCUGACGAACUGGAAAUGAUGAAUGAGAUGGACGAUUAUGAACCAUAUCCUAAGUCAAAAAGAAGUCUGGCUUUCACUCCAUCUAAAGGAACUGGCAAGGACCCAGUGGACCUCAAUGACAGCAUACUGACACCUUUGGACAGUCCAAGUGAAAAUACAGAUCUGUCCAACAAAAGGAAAAAGAGAGAAAAGGAUGUCUUUGGUGAUUUGUCAGAUUCUGAUGGUGAUGUUGAGGAGGCUUUGCCCAAGAUAGCUCCACAAAGAAAGAGAGUCAAAUUAUCCCCUCAAAAAUCGCUUUCCAUACCCAAAAAUCGACCCGAACCAGGUUUAGAUGAUUUUGAAAUCACGCCCCCUCCAUCUCCAACCCUUGUUUUGGAGAAACGCAUCUUAGCCCAAAGAAACAAAACUACAACCAGUAUCUUGGCAGAGCCAACAAACAGCAGGGAUGCUUACCAAACCCGAGUGCUUGAUAGUUAUGAUUACGACCGUCCCAGAGUGUUCAGAAGAAUUCCUGCUGGGAAUUUUAUAUCUGUAACAGGGGUUGAUGGAACAAGAGCCUACAUGAAAGUGAAAGAAGAUAGUAUAUUGACAAAAGAGGAGGAUGCAGCUUUUUCUGCGACCAGUUCACACUUGCUGGGAAUGUCCUUUGAAGCACUGAAGGAUCAAGUGGAACAAGAGAGGAGAAACAGAGUAAUUAAAGAAUCAAUAAGACUGACUAAUCAGCUUAACAGGGAAUUUGACACAGAUCUUGGUUUGGAUGAUGAGUUAACAAGUGAUUUGCCUGAAGACCAUGACAUGCUUGAUAAAGAAGUGGAAAGUGAUGGAGAUAUGAAGCAUGAGCUGUGGGUAGAACAAUACAGACCCCGUCAAUAUACACAGCUCUUAAGUGAUGAGAGCACUAACAGAACGUUGCUGCACUGGCUGAAGUUGUGGGACCAUGUUGUGUUUGGAAAGGAGAAGAAAGUUCCUAAAGCAAAGCAAGAAGAAAAGAGCAAAAAAGAUGGCAAGAAAAAGAACUUUAAAAAGCAGGAGGAAGUGACAGAGGAUUUGGACAAACUAGGAAGGCCAAUGCAAAAGAUAGCUUUGCUGUGUGGUCCCCCAGGUCUCGGUAAGACCACUUUGGCCCAUGUAAUUGCAAGCCAUGCUGGGUAUAAUGUAGUUGAGAUGAAUGCCAGUGAUGACCGAUCUCCAGAAUUUUUUAAGAAUAAGAUAGAAUCUGCUACCCAAAUGAAAGCAGUAAUGGGAGCAGACCCAAGGCCGAACUGUCUGGUCAUUGAUGAGAUUGAUGGUGCUCCUUCUCAAUCUAUCAAUAUUUUGAUGUCAUUCAUCAAAGGUGAAGAAAAGGUCACCAAAAAGAAAAAGAAGAGUGAACGGAUUCUGUUAAGACCUGUUAUCUGUGUUUGUAAUGAUUUGUAUGUGCCUGCUCUGAGGACAUUACGACAAAAUGCCCUGGUUUUACACUUCCCUCCCACUGCCUCUGCACAGCUGGCUUCUAGAUUACUAGAGAUUAGUAGAAUGAAUAAAAUCAGUACAGACAUGUCUGCCUUGCUCCAGCUGUGUGAGAAGACCAAUAAUGACAUCAGAUCCUGUCUGAACACGCUGCAGUUCGUCCAGAGGCAGAAGAAGGAACUGACCAUGUCCAGUGUCCAGUCAUUGAGUGUAGGACAGAAGGAUGCUCACAAAAGUCUCUUCUCUGUUUGGCAGGAUAUAUUUCAAAUGCCUAAACCUAAAAGGAAAAGAUUUGUCAAUCCCCAUGAGCGUGGAAGUGUUCAAGAAAUGCAAGAUCUCUUAGCACAGAACAAUACAUCCACAUCAGGAAGGUUUCAGCACAUCUAUGAGGUUGCCAUAGCAGCAGGAGACCAUGAAAAAGUAACCCAGGGAAUCUUUGAAAAUUAUUUAGAGAUGAAAAUUAAGGACCCAAGAUUUGAUGGGUUGACCCUGGCCAGUGAAUGGCUGUGCUAUACAGACCUGGUGAACCAGCAGAUAGCUCACUAUCAGCUCUAUAUAAUGAUGCGCUACCUGCCAUACCUACCUGUGGUCUUCCACCUGCUGUUUGCUUCCACAUCAUACCCCAAGUUGUCUUAUCCACACAGUCAAUAUGAGUGCACCACUAAGUUGGCCAAGUCAGAAAACCUGGUGAAUGCCAUGAUGAAUGAGAUGGCACCCUCUGUGAGGAAAAAUUUGAACAUCCCCAUAAUUGUGCUGGAGGUUCUGCCAUCUCUGCUGGGCAUCAUUACACCCACACUGAGACCUGUGAACACACAGCUUUACAGUGCCAGGGAGAAGGCGGAUAUGAACCACCUGAUUCAGAUCAUGAUUGCUUAUAACAUGACGUAUCGCCAGGAAAGGACACCAGAGGGACAAUACACAUACGUUCUUGAUCCGAGUUUAGAUGAAGUGGUUCACUUCACAGGGUUGAAGCCUGAAAGACAGUUAACCUAUGCAGCUAAACAGCUGAUAGCCAGGGAGAUUGAGUUGGAGAAGAUGAGAAGAAGUGAGGCAGUACUUGAAAGAGCUGAGAAGCAGCCUGUAGCUCCAGUAACAAAGAAGUCGGCCAACCCUGCCGUACCUAACCACCUGCAGAAGCUGGAGGCCAAGCCGAUCAGGGAGGUGGAGGAAAAGCCUGCUGUGGACUUUUUUGGAAGAGUAAUCCAAACAAAAAGAAAAAAAGAGAACGCAUCACCAGAAAAUGCCAAAAAGAAGAACAUCUUGGAUGGGGAUGUUUGGUUUCACUUUAAAGAAGGCUAUUCAAAUGCUGUGCGGAGAACAGUCCGAGUGCAAGACUUUCUUUGAAUACACCCUGUAUACGUGGGGCACAAAUCUUGCCUGGACCAUAACGGAGGCCGAAUUCUAAACUACAACGAAUUUAUGAUGACUAAAUGUAAACCUGAUCAAUUUCUGAGCAGUUAUGCCAUUCUGCUACUUUGAUUGACAUGGAGACUUAUUAUAUGAUUGAUAUGGCAAACUUAUUAUUAUUUUUACUCAACCUUUCCUACUUUUUAGAUCUGGAAAAAUGGAAUAUUUUGUAACAAAAUUUAGCCAUGCAUACAAUUGGAGACUAACCAUUAUGUGUUCAUAUUUUUUUCUAGAUUAAAUGAAUACAAUAUAAAAUAAUAUUGCAACAGUGUCCAUAAGCGCAUACCUGUUAAAAUGGAAAUGUUUGUAAAGUCAUUUUCACUUUUUGAUGGAAGUAUGAUUAUCGAAGAGUUAAUGUCAACACAAAUAGACAGUAAAACUAUAUGGAACCUUGCCAGUAUUUGUUUUAUUUUUACCCCUGUUAGUCUAGAGAUUGAGGAAGAGUUUUUUAAGUCUUGAUAUUACUUUUUCCUUUUUAUCCCCACCCCUAGGUCUGGUGAAUAAGCAGUUUAAACGAUUAAAAGUGACUAAAACUUGUCAAUGCUGUUUAGUUCUUAAUUUAGAUGGGAUAAUCGCUUGCAUUACUAUAGUCAAAAUUUUUUCUUGCUAAUUCUAUUUUAUCCUUAUUUUUUGGAAAGAGAUGUACUUGAUAGAAGUAAUGGUAUGCACUCCACAGUGACAGCAACUUGAAGAAGAAAUAUAAUUUCAUGCCAGCAUGUAGUAUUAAUAUCUCAGCCUUCUAAGGAAGAGUCCCCCAGUAGAAUUAAAUUGUAGCGUAUCAAAUCGAACUUUGGAAUGAAUCAAUUUUACUUAGGCUUAUUAAGCAAAUUAUCGUCGGUUCCACUUGUAUUAUGAUAAUCAUUUUAACAACAUCAUUUAGUAUUUUCCUGAGAACUCUAUUGGGCUUCCGAUAGUCCAGUAUAUCCGAGAGAUUGAAAAUGAUUUUACAGAUAGCAAGCCUGAAUACAAUUGAUACAAGAGGUGCUUGGUUAUUUCAAAGAUUCUCAAAAUACCCGUAACUUUGACAGAUCUCAAACGCCAAUUUUAGUAAGCUAACCAAUGGUAGGUCAAG